GGUCUUUUUUAAACUCUGUCAGCUGGAUGUCCCCUCCUCCGCAUGCUGCACUUCAGCUCUCUCCACACACUACACAAAACUUCUCAACUUUUUAAAUGAGAAAUUGAAAGUUACGCAAGAUUUUUUGGCCACCGGUGGAAUCGUAUUUGACGAAGCAGGACUACAACAUUGGGCAUCAAAAGGGAGCUCACCUGGCUACUGUCUGAAAGCUGAGUAUUAAAGAGCGAUGGAAGCCCAGAAGAAGCUGGAGAUUGUGGGGGUGGAGGACGAGGCCGGGAACCCUAUCAGCGCCCUGACAAUCCUGUCCUUGCUGGAGCGCGUGGCCGGCAUCAUCGACAACGUGCAGGCCUGUCAGCAGCGCAUGGAGGAACGCCAACAAGAGCUGGAGAACAGCAUCAAGAACAUCCAGGGAGACGUCCUGAAGCUGGCCAAGGACCACGGGGACACCAGCGGCACCGUGGACAAGCUGCUGCAGAAGACACGCAAGGUCAGCGCCAACGUGAAGGAGGUGCGCAGCCGCGUGGAGAAGCAGAACGUCAGGGUCAAGAAGGUGGAGUCCACACAGGAUGAGCUGCUGACCAGGAACAAGUUCAGAGUGGUCAUCUACCAGGGUGAGACCGAGGUGCCGUCGGUGGCUGUGACCAAAGGACCCAAGGGUGGUGGUCUGGAGGCUGUGGAGAUCGAGCCGGACACCUACGACGCCCCCGCUGACCUCUCCUCCGACGAAGACUACCUGAGCGUGGAAGAUACCGAAUCCUCCCGCACUGCCCGCAUCAAGAAGUCCGUGGCCAAGAGCACCGAGACCCUGAAGGCCGCUUUCUCCAAGGAGAACAUGUCCAAAACCAAGGACAACCUGGGCACCAAGUUCCACAACCUGGGUGAGAAGGUCAUGCCUCCAGAGCGUAGGGAGAAGAUGCACCAGGCGGGCGAGAGGCUCAAGCAGUCCGGAGAGAGGCUGAAGGAGAACAUCGCCAAGAAGGCCCCCACCAAGGAGACCUUCAGGAUCAAGCUGAAGAAGGAACACGCAGUGGCUGAGGGGCAGGAGGGAGCGGAGGCCGAACCAGAGGCACAGCCCGCAGCCGUCACCUACACCGAAGUGACCACCGACACCAAGAAGGACGAGGGCCGGACAGCGGAGUAGAGAAUCUUCAUAGGAGACAGAGGAUGGAGAUACAAGAAGGACAGGAUGGAGAGAUCUGGAAGUAACUCAAAGUAUGGAUGGAAAGAACUGCGAUAAACAGAGGGACUUGAGAAAUGAGAAAGUAAAGAGAAGAAAAUUUCAGAGCACGUUUGAGAGAAACAUGAGAAAACCUGUGGAAGAGGUCGAGGGUUGGCACAAGGAGGAUGACAACCACACUAGAGGAAAACUGGACCUAACCAUGAUCGGACAUGGUUCUCACUGUAUGCUUUACAGAGAAAGUCCAUUUCGUAUAAAUCCAUUGGAGUUUGAUUUUAAGAGGUUUACUGUAUGCCGCCCUGAUAAUCAAACCAACAGUAUCGAAUUAACUUCCUCUGUGUAGAAUUCAAUGAGAAAGACAUGAAGCUAGACAGAUUCAUUCACUCAGAAGGUGCUACAGAGGUCCAACACACAAGAUUUUUACCCAGUAUCUGAGAGCAGAAGAAGCCUAGAAGGUCUUGAAGGCAGGGGCGUGUCCAGACUUUUUUUUUUUUUUUUAACUGGGGUCACUAAGGUUGCAAAUUUGGAUUUUAAAACUGAAUACAUUUUAUUCUUUCUAAAAUACAUUCAGUUAUUAAAUAAUUAAAUAACUACCUUGUAAAACAAUUAUAAAAAUGUGUGAAAUUUCCUUUCUUUUGAUACAUUUUUGUUAAAAUAUUAUAAGUAAAUGAAAAUAGCUAUUUAACCCCAGCAUAUUUCUUCAGCUCAUCAGCCAGUCAAAUUGUAGGCGGUCAUCCCAGUCGGUGUCCUCAUUGGCGCUGCUCAUUAAAUCUGUAGUUUGGUAAAAGGUGGUUAGCACAUGUGGACUUUCCAUCUGAGAAAACCGGUUCUCAGCUGGUUUCUGAGAACUACAGCCUCUUCUCCUCAUCAUAACCGGAGAAGCAAUUCACUACACAAUUUCCAAAUACUCGUGUAUAUGUUUUCAAUCACAACUACGUUUUUAAAUAUUAGAUCAACAUAAGUGGUAGACACAGAAUGUAUUUCAUGUUUGAAGCCUGUUUCUAGCUAGAGUGGGAAUGAAUUAUUUUAUUGCAUAGGAUGUCUACGCAAGCCUCCUGAUUUGUGAUGUGUGCUUCUUCUUUAGACAGCUGCUCCUAGAAAUGUAUUACUCUUGUAUUAUAAAUGUAUUGCUCCUGUUGGUGGAUUUCAGACUCUACAGUGUAAUGACAUCAUACUCACAGAUGGGGGCAAAAGCCAGAAUUUACCAUUGAAAACAUUGUACUUUUAUAAGAAAUAUCUAAAAGGAAAAUGUGCAAAUGUUGAAUUGGAUCAUUUAUAUUUGUAAAUAAACCUUCAAACCAGCUAUAUUUCCAUUUUAACAAUAUUUAUUUGAGCUGCCCCCAUCUGUAUUAAACAAAAUUGACCAUUAGAAUGUUAUGAUAUCAUCUGAAACCCAGUAAUUAUGAGGUUACAGCUGAAUAGCAGAUCCUACUGUAACUCUUAUAAUACGCCAUCAUACAAGACCUAGUUAAAGAAAUUUUGUCUAUCUGUUUAUUUAUGAUUGUCCUUGUUGGUUCUUCUUGACUUAAAAUCUUUGACAAAAGGGGAGUUGCACAAGGCCGUUAUAGGAAGUUGUCAAAAACCUUAAA